AUGCAUAUGGAAGCACACCCUGGAACAGUGGGCAAUCUUACGCCCGAGCAGGAGAUCAAACUGCGAGAGUUUUGGGUGGUUUUAUUGAAAGUGUGUGGUGUCAACUUGGAAGGCAUUGACGCAACUGUCACUUCUACCAGCCCGUCGCAGAAGAAGCAGCAACCUCCGCAACAGCCACCGAAGCGGAUGUUCAGUUUCUUCGGUGGUGGAAAAGAGGAGGAUGCCGCAAGUGGCAAGUCAGCGAAUGGGAUCUCCUCCGGCCUUGCUUCUAUUGACAUCAACGACGGCGACGAUAAACAUGGCCAAUCGAAAGAAUUCCAGCAAGCUCUUGUGGAUAUGAAGCCAGAGGAAAUCCGGGCCACUCUCUGGGGUAUGGUUAAACAAGAUAAUCCAGACACUCUGCUUCUGCGUUUCUUACGGGCGCGCAAAUGGGAUGUACAGAAAGCGCUCAUUAUGUUGAUCUCUACCCUCCGUUGGCGGUUAAUGGAUGUCAAAGUAGACGAUGAUAUCAUGAAGAAUGGUGAACAACUUGCUUUGAAGCAGAGCCAAAGCUCGGAUCCGGCAGAGAAGAAAGCCGGUGAGGAGUUCCUAAUGCAAAUGCGCAUGGGCAAGGGCUUCCUGCAUGGUGUCGACAAGCUCGGUCGGCCGAUCUGUGUUGUCAGAGUACGUCUGCACAAGCCAGGCGAUCAAAGCACGGAAGCUUUGGAUCGCUACACUGUUUAUACCAUCGAGUCGGCCCGGAUGAUGCUCGCACCUCCCGUUGAAACAGCUUGCGUUAUUUUCGAUAUGACCAACUUCUCCCUGGCAAAUAUGGACUAUCAUCCGGUGAAGUUUAUGAUUAAGUGCUUUGAAGCCAACUAUCCUGAGUGUCUAGGAGUCGUACUCAUCCAUAAAGCCCCCUGGAUUUUCUCGAGUAUUUGGAGUAUCAUCAAGGGCUGGCUUGAUCCCGUGGUAGCGGCCAAAAUUAACUUCACCAAGAAUGUUCAAGAUCUGGAGAAAUUCAUUCCAAAGAAUCAGAUCAUGAAGGAGCUUGAGGGUGAUGAGGACUGGGAGUUCAAAUACGUCGAACCUCAGCCCGGCGAGAACAAAUGCAUGGAAGACACAGCCAAACGUGAUGAGUUGCUCGCAGAGAGAAAGAAACUCUCCCAGGAGGUCCAAGAUGCCACUAUUGCAUGGAUUUCAGCCCACCAGAAGAAAGAUGAGGAAACUGUGAAGGCUGCUACGGAGAAGAGAGACGAGCUUAUUGAGAAGUUGAGGGUUCAAUACUGGGUGCUUGAUCCAUAUAUCCGUGGCAGCUCACUAUAUGAUCGCCUGAACAUUCUCCAAGGCGGUGGUAAAAUCGAUUUUUAUCCUGCAGAAGCAAAAGUGAAUGGUGAAAAGACUGAAUGA